CUCGUCCCACUCACACUCUCUGUCAGAGCGCGGCGUUGACAGCCACUGGCCACUGAGCAGCAGCCCACUCUGUCGGGGUUUGUGUCUCCAUCCAAGCCUUGCUGAAAAAAGAAGCUCUGACUCUUGCAUUUUUCUUUUAUUUGCAAAGCAAGCAGAAAAAAAACCCCCAACAAGCCCGUCCACGGCUACAAAAGCACAACAAGUGAACAACAGCAUCUUCAUUUUCUAGACUCAUCACUGUCUCACAGCUCCCUGCACAAUGUCUGGAGAAGACGCACCUGCCCAGCAGCAAAACGCCGUGGACCAGAAGCAGGAGACCAAACCCGCCGAGGAGCCCAAAGCUGAGCCGCCCAAGACUGAGUCCCCUCCGGCCGCCGCCACCGCCGACGCAGCGGCGACCACCGAGAAGGUCCCCGAGGAGGAGACGUUCACCUACCGCGCCCUGGUGCUCACCGGCUACGGCGGCUAUGAUAAAGUCAAGCUGCAGGUGAAGAAGGGCAAGCCGGCGCUCAAGGCUGGCGAGGUCAUGGUGCGGGUGAAGGCUUGCGGGCUGAACUUCGCAGACCUGAUGGCUCGGCAGGGGCUGUACGACCGGCUGCCGUCCCCGCCGGUCACCCCGGGAAUGGAGUGCUCCGGGGUGGUGGAGGCUGUGGGGGAAGAAGUGACAGACAGAAAAGUCGGCGACAAGGUGAUGGUGCUGAACCGCUUCGGGCUGUGGCAGGAGGUGGCGGUGGUGCCGGCGAGCCACACCUUCCUCAUCCCAGAGGGCAUGAGCUUCGAGGAGGCAGCAGCCCUCCCCGUGAACUACAUCACCGCCUAUAUGAUGCUGUUUGACUUCGGCAACCUGCGGCCCAACCAGAGUGUCCUCAUUCAUGCUGCAGCAGGUGGCGUGGGCAUUGCUGCCACUCAGCUGUGCAAGACGGUGAAGGAUGUGACCGUGUUCGGCACGGCGUCGGCCAGCAAGCACGAGACCAUCACUGAGGGCGGAGUCACGCAUCCAAUCGACUAUCGCACCAAGGACUAUGUGGAGGAAGUCCGCAAGAUCAGUCCUAAAGGAAUGGACAUAAUACUGGACCCUCUCGGAGGAUCCGACACCCAUAAGGCCUACAACCUGCUGAAGCCUAUGGGCAAGCUCAUCACCUAUGGUGCCGCUAACAUGCUCGCGGGCCAGAAGAAGAACCUGCUCGCCGUGGCCAAGAACUGGUACCAUCAGUUCUCCAUCCACACGCUCAGCCUCAUCCAGGGGAACAAGUCAGUGUGCGGCUUCCACCUGGGCUACCUGGACGGGGAGAUGGAGCUCAUCACCGAGGCCAUGAACACCAUCCUGGAUCUGUACAAGGCAGGCAAGGUCAAGCCCCGCAUCGACUCCACCUGGCACCUUGAGCAGGUGGGCGAUGCCAUGAGGAAGAUGCAGGAGAGGAACAACAUCGGCAAAAUGAUCCUCACCACGGAGCCCAUGCCCGAGGAGGAGAAGAAGGAGGAGCCCAAGAAGGAGGACAAGAAAGAGGACAAGAAGAAGGACGACAAGAAGAAGGACGACAAGAAGAAGGACGAUGCCAAGAAGGAGGAGAAGAAGGACGACAAGAAGAAGGAGGAGCCCAAGAAGGAGGAGCCCAAGAAGGAGGAGGAGAAGAAGGAAGAGGCCAAGAAGGAGGAGAAGUGAGAGGGAGGGAUGGAUAGUCAAGCAGACCAGCAGGGAGUUUGUGUCCUGGGAACAGGGGGUGUGGUGCGGGUGGGGAGGGGGGGAUGGAGAUGGAUGGGGCAGGGGGGUGGGGGGGCAGGAGGCAAGCAAGGAUGAGAAGGAGUUAGGAGGGUAGAUAAUAAUAUCACACCACUGUCGAUCUUUCAUCUCUUCCACCUCCACUCUGCUUCGCCCUCAUGAGUCCUCAUCAGGCCGGGCUCCACCCACCUCCCCUCCCAUCCUCUUUAGCUCUAAAAAGAAAAGAUCUCCAAUCACUUGUUACGCCUCGUUAGCGCCACACUUAUCUCUCUAGAAAAACAGUGUUGCCACUCAAAAGAUUUUCUCCUAUUGGGACUGAUUGAGACAAGAGAGCCAUGGAGGAUUGUGGGUACCGUCCAGGCCUGGGGGGCAAAUUACUGUUUCCCUUGACAACCGUAAUCCCCGCUCGCGCUCCGGCUCCACCCUCGACCCCCAACGCCUCUCUCCGCACCUCAACUCCCACUGCGCUAAAUUGUUCUGCUAUGACUUCCACCUGCCACCUCCUCUUCCCCUCCUCACUGUGCUGAGUCCCCACCCCCCACCCACCUCCUCACCGCCACCUCCCACACCACCACAACCCCCACCCCCACCUCCACCUCCACCCCAUCCACCGGCCGGACCCGCAGACAGGCACAAAGGCAAAGGCAGAUAAGCAGAGAACCACACCCACCCACACGUUGCUCUCUUAGUGUCCAACGCUCUUAGUUAUGUCACUGAGGAUGAGUCAGUGAUGCCGGUGAUUGGCUGGUGCACCCCACCUCCCCUGGAGAUAUUUGCAUCAUGGUUUUUUGAUCAUGAUGUUUGACUGCUCUGACGAUGGCGUUAAUGCUACAGGGCCUCCAUCAGUGGCGAGGGAACGGCUCCGUAAUGCAUGCGCUCCCACCAAAACGUCCCGUGAAGUUAAUAUAGCAACUUGCCUGAAUAUGAAUUCCGCCCCAUAAUGAGCCUUUCUGUGCGGCCGUUGAAUAGGGAGGCAGAAAUCAUUGCUCAGCUCGCCUCUCCAUAGUUACAGAUUUUUCUAGCUGACCAACUGUUGGCAAGAAGUGCGCAGUGCCAAUUAAGAGAGAAUUUGUUUCUGUUCAAACAAGCCACACACACACACACACACACACACACACACACACACACACACAAACAUGCACACUCUGAAUGUGAUGAAAGAGGCACUGUCGCGCUGAGACAGUGUAGCGUCUGAAAUGAGCAAGUUAAGAAGGUGAAUGCCGGUCCCUUUUUUUUUUUCCUUCGGCUUCAGGAUCGGGCUCUCUCCUCCUCCCCGAUCCUCCUCGAGGCAUUCCAUGGCAUUCUGCUCCUUUCACAGCGACCGCUGGCCUGUCGAUCACCCUGACCUGAGAGAGGAGAAUGCAAUUCAAGCUGGCGUCCAUACUUCGCCUCCCCUCCUUGUCUCUGCUCCUCUCGCUCUCUCUCCCUCCUCUUUCCAUUUCCCUCUCUAUGGUCGGCAUAGCAACAGGCGUCAGGCUCGUCAGAGAAGGCACUGUGACUCCCUCUCCCCGUGUCUCUCUUGGUUUUCUGCCUCCCUAACUUGAGAUUUGCCAACGGUCGGUGCUGUCGACCAGUGUUUCAACAGGUGUAGAAUGUAUUAAGGGUUUCAGAUGUUGAAACGAGGAGGUGGGGCAGAUUUUUCAAGGUCCUUCAGUAUUGCACUCCAGUCUGAAAUUAAAGUAUUGACAAUGUGUGCAAUUAGCAGUACGCUUGCUAACACAGCACACCGCUCCCCCUAAUGGCCAAAGGUGUAAUCAGCUAUAAUCCUUAGUGUUUCAUCACAAAUCCCACUGGGUGGACUCGCAAAUCUUUUUCACAUAGGAGGAUAUCAACUUUAAACCUCUGACAUUUACCUAUCCGACCCGCCCGCCCGCCCGCCUGCCUUCCUGUCUGUGAGCCCGGCCUCAGUGUUGAGACUCAGAUGGUGACUAGUGACUUUGUAAAAAAACAAGAUAUUUGAAAAAAAAAAAAAAACAAGAAAAAAGUUGUUGUGUUAGCAUGAGUGGCCUCCCUCAUGUGCCGCGUGUGGUGUGCCAUUGUGUGUGAAGACGUGUGUGUCCUCAGGUCGUUUGUCAGGUUUUAAAAAGCACCCACCCUGCCCCUGCCACCCUCACACUACUUCCCCCGCUACAGUAUUAUGUAGCUCCCACCCGACCCCUCCCUUCUUACUCUAUCCCCCCCCCCCCCCUGUCUGAUAAGAGGCCUGUGUUACGAGGACAGUUGGUAUUAGUAUUUUGCACUCUGCUCGCUGAUCUAAAUGCACUUACAAGCAUGGCAGUCGCACUCCAGUCCCACGCAGGCUUUGAUUUCUGCUCCAGGUUUGCAGCCUGUUUCCCAUCAUCCACUCCUGGUGUAUCUGCUGAGGCUCAAUGAAAGCACAGGUGGCACACACAAACACACACACACACACACACACACACACACACACACACACACACACACACACACACACACUCAGAAACACACACUCAUGUAAAGGUCCCCUCACUUUAAGCUUGCCAGUCCCUGCCCGGGCCAACUUCUCCUGGGUGGCAGCUAAAAUCAAAGCAUUCAUCCAUCCCUGACUGUGGGAAGUAAAAUGUGGAGCAGGGCGGAGCGAAACUGGGCUGGAGUGCGACCGCCACGCUGGUGUGGGGAGUGACUGUGUCCUGUCAGCCUCUGGUUAGUGUUCUGUUCUAAUCUGCUGGGCUCCCUUUGUGAACCUGUGGACGGUGCUUCUGUUCCGAGUGCCAUGUGAGAAACAAACGCUUCAGUAAGAAAAAAAAAAAGGAUGUUUUACUUAAUAUGUUGUUUUAAUUUACCUUUAUAUUUCCAUUUUUUUUGUUCUUUUUUUGUUUUUUUUCUGUUUUUAUUUUUGUUAUCCAAGGGUUUAAAGUUCAAAGCUCAUACUCUUUAUGUGGGGACCUGCCAACCUGCACUCCUUUUAAAUGUGAUACAAGUCUUUAUGUUGGUCCGAACCAUGUGUGCCAAAAUUGUAUGUAUAUUCCUCUGUCAAUGCUUUGAAUAUUAACAGUGCAUAAAAAAUAUGAAGACAAUUCUGGUAUUGGAUGCAUUUCCAUCAACCUUGAAGAAAAAAUGAAAAUGCAAAAGAGUCGUGUGACAGAUUUGUAUCCCAAAAAAAAAAAAACUGCUCAUGGGUGCUGACAGAAUUUUUGCUGCCGUUUACAAAAGUUUUAACACAAUUUGUAGUUUUUGAUUGGUUGCAGUCUUGCAGUCUCAAGCGUAGGUAGGCCUGCACUGUGCCUCUCUCCUUUCACACAGUUUACCUCAAUCUGAGGCGGUUCCUUCUGCAUUUAAAUCCUUUUCACUGUGUUUUACCAGCUCUCACGUCACGUCGACCGCCACAGGUUGAUCCCUCCUAAGUGUUUACAACCAUAAUAUGAGUAUCACAGUGAAAAGGAACUGGAGACAGCACCAAAAAGACAUAUAGAUUCACAGAAAAGUCCUUCCAAAUCCAAAGCUCCAUGGUAUCCCUCUGUAUGGUUUUCUGUUUCUUUCAGUUUGUCUCCAAACAGCUUGUAUAGCAAGUGAGGGAGCAGAUGUUUUCACACAGCUGUGCAGGGAUGCCAAUACUGUAACACAGCUGCACAAAACCCCAGCUUAUUGGCUGAUCAUAGCUCAGCCCUGGCCUGCCCCAGACACAACAUUUCCGCUUAACAACUGAUCUCAGUUCGCUCAAGGAUUAUUAAAGACGUUCCUCUUUUCCUGUGCUGCAUCCGCAGAGCCUCUUGGCCGGUGCAACUGUCGCAGUCCAGCAGCAGCAGCAGCAGCCAGCCAAAAAAACGCCUCUCCAUAUCACCCCCUACUCUCUCCAUACACAUUCGAGGCAAAUAAAACAUUACUUUCACAUCUGGAAUUUGAAAUUGCAUGCAUGCAUCGGCAUGUGGAAAACAGAUUAUGAUCUCUUUCUUUCUUUCAACAUUUUCCCCUUCGCUCCUUUUGAGCUAAGAUGCCUUUGAGAUGAACUCAAUCAGUUUGGGCUGGUGGCCUGCUGCCUGAGAGCACUUCCACCAUGGUAAAGCUGCAGUGUAUGUCAUCUUGAAGUGGUUUCCCAGUCAUUCCAGACACUUAUGCAAGAGUACCUAGCAACUCAGAGACGCACAGGAGAAAAACAGUGUUUCAAAGUAAAAAAUCCACAAAAAAAAACAAACAAAACAAUUCUGAACAUUUGCAGUUUCAGAUUUGAUAUGACUAAUUAACACUCGUAGUUUUAGGUCUGAGAGAUGCACUAAGACAAUGAGUGUAGUAUUUCCGAUAGCUACUCCUCUGUCUGUCUCGUCCUUGUGUAGCUGAAGUCCCUCACAGACUCCCACCGUUUAGCUUUCAGGUGAAUUUCUUUCCGUUUUCUAUGGUUUCUCAGGUCAUUCCAAACAGCAGUUUUCUUCUUGUAAGAAACCACUUAAUUUUUUGCAUCUACUAACACACACACACACACACACACACGCACACACAGACACAUCAUUCUAUUUCACUGUGUUUCACUGAGUUCACUGCACAAAACUGUCACACCAACUUUCCUUCGCACAUCCAUGUUUGGUGUAAGCUUUAGUAUUCCGAGUCUAAAGGAGAGGCUCUGCCUGAGCCGCUGUGUUCAUUCAUCCACACCGAGAACCCAAACAACCACAUCCGCCUGCAGCUAUUCUUUCCCUUGCAUUUAUUUUUUACGGUAUUGAAACGCAGUGACAUCACAGAAACAUUAGAGAUGCUACGGAAGUACAACCUGACUGGGCUUGUCGUGUACAGCACUAGGAUGCAUGUGUAGUUGACCAGAAAACGAGGCAUGUGUUUAUGUACAGCUCACCUUUUCUCUUUCCAUGGUAGUUUAGUAGUCAUGUAGUGGCGUGGUGUGAGAGAGGAGAAAGCCCUUCCAGUCGUGCCAACUGAAGCCAAUCCACUGCCCCCAGUGCCUCCUGCCCCCCACCCCCAUCCCCCCAGUCCUCACCCUCACCACGAGCACAGCUGGAACAUUCAUGAAACACCUUAACCUAUCUCUGGGAAUGCUUCCGAAAUUCACUUCACAUCCAUCCCACUACACACCUCCUGUUAGAGUUCAGCCACCACUGGCAAUUUUCUACAAGGCAUACCCAACAGGUUGAUUUCUAAGCUAGUUCUCGUCCUGCCUUGUGUUGUUUGGUUUUUGUUUUUGUUUUUUUUCUUUCCUGGUUGCAAACACUCUUCUCGUCUAGACUUUGUUUUUUAAACCCUUUGAAUUGAUGCUGCUUCUGUGCUUGACUCUGGGUUUACUGCGUGGUGCCAUGGUAUCCACAUGGCCUCUAGAGCUUGUAACGCUUCAGUGUGUAAUGUUACCAUAUGCCUUACAUGUUUUCCAGGACUAAUAAAAAAAAGCAUAACAAAA